GCCGCCCGGGGUCCCGGCCGCCCCAACCGCCGUUACCGCAUCCGGGUCCGCGCCUGCGCACUGCCUACAGACGGCGAGUCCACGGUGCACGUCACUGCCGCGCGCCUCUCGUUUGCGUCAUCGCCGCGCGCCGCGCCGGCGGCUCUAGGAGCUGGUGGGAGCAGAUGGCGGCGGCGGAAGCGGCGGCGCACAAUGACCCCGGACCUGCCCAAGAGCUGCUGGUGGCCUGGAAUACCGUGAGCACCGGACUGGUACCGCCGGCCGCUCUGGGACUGUUUUCUGUACUCCAGGCAUCCUCCCGGACCAGCGGUGCGGUCCCUCCAAAGGAGGAGGAGCUCCGGGCGGCGGUGGAGGUUCUCAGGGGCCACGGUCUGCACUCGGUCCUGGAGGAGUGGUUCGCAGAGGUGCUGCAGAACGACCUGCAGGCUAACAUAUCUCUCGAGUUCUGGAAUGCCAUCUCCCAACGUGAGAACUGUGCAGACGAGCCCCAGUGUCUUCUGCUGCUCCUCGAUGCUUUUGGGCUCCUGGAGAGCCGCUUGGAUCCCUACCUGCGUAGUCUAGAGCUCCUGGAGAAAUGGACUCGCCUGGGCUUGCUUAUGGGCACCGGUGCUCAGGGGCUUCGGGAAAAGGUUCAUACCACGUUACGGGGCGUCUUGUUCUUUUCCACUCCCAGAACUUUUCAGGAGAUGAUCCAGCGCCUCUAUGGGCGCUUCUUGAGAGUUUACAUGCAGAGUAAGAGAAGAGGAGAAGGAGGAACCGACCCCGAACUGGAGGGGGAAUUGGACAGCAGAUACGCCCGCCGCCGGUACUACCGCCUUCUGCAGAGCCCACUCUGUGCGGGAUGUGGCAGUGACAAGCAGCAGUGCUGGUGCCGCCAGGCGCUGGAGCAGUUCCACCAGCUCAGCCAAGUCCUACACAGGCUUAGUCUGCUGGAGCGGGUCAGUGCCGAGGCCGUGACUACCACUCUGCACCAAGUGACCCGAGAGAGGAUGGAGGACCGCUGCCGGGGCGAGUAUGAGCGCUCCUUCCUGCGUGAGUUCCACAAGUGGAUUGAGAGGGUGGUCGGCUGGCUGGGCAAGGUGUUCCUGCAGGACGGCCCCAGCAGGCCUGCGUCCCCGGAGGCUGGGAGCUCCCUGCGCCGGUGGCGCUGCCACGUGCAGAGGUUCUUCUAUCGCAUCUACGCCAGCCUGCGCAUCGAGGAGCUCUUCAGCAUCAUCCGAGACUUCCCGGACUCCCGGCCGGCCGUGGAAGACCUCAAGUACUGCCUGGAGAGGACCGACCAGAGGCCGCAGCUUCUUGUGUCCCUCAAGGCUGCCCUGGAGACGCGACUCCUCCACCCAGGCGUGAAUACGUGUGACAUCAUCACCCUGUACAUCUCCGCCAUCAAGGCGCUGCGCGUGCUGGAUCCCUCCAUGGUUGUCCUGGAGGUGGCCUGUGAGCCCAUUCGCCGCUACCUGAGGACGCGGGAGGACACGGUGCGGCAGAUCGUGGCAGGGCUGACCGGGGACUCGGAUGGGACGGGGGACUUGGCUGUUGAGCUGUCCAAGACGGACCCGGCCAGCCUGGAGACCGGCCAGGACAGCGAGGAUGACUCCGGCGAGCCAGAGGACUGGGUUCCCGACCCUGUGGACGCGGAUCCAGCUGGAGAAGAAGUGGGUUUUCGGCAUCCCCACCUCAUGGGCUUGGCCGGGCACGAGCUGCCUGGCGCCAUCUGUGCCGCCUCCGUGUCUGAGAGGCGCCGGUGGUGCCCGUGCCGUGCAGGGAAGUCCAGCUCUAAGCGGCGCUCCUCGGAUAUCAUCAGUCUGCUGGUCAGCAUCUACGGCAGCAAGGACCUCUUCAUCAAUGAGUACCGCUCGCUGCUGGCCGACCGCCUGCUGCACCAGUUCAGUUUCAGCCCCGAGCGGGAGAUCCGCAACGUGGAGCUGCUGAAGCUGCGCUUUGGCGAGGCCCCAAUGCAUUUCUGCGAGGUCAUGCUCAAGGAUAUGGCAGACUCGCGCCGCAUCAAUGCCAACAUCCGUGAGGAGGAUGAGAAGCGGCCCGCAGAGGAGCAGCCGCCGUUCGGGGUCUACGCCGUCAUCCUCUCCAGCGAGUUCUGGCCGCCCUUCAAGGAUGAGAAGCUGGAGGUUCCCGAGGACAUCAGGGAGGCCCUGGAGGUCUACUGCAGGAAGUACGAGAAGCUGAAGGUAUGGCCGCGCCGCUGGGGCACCGGCACCUCGGACGAGUCCCUCUGCGUCUGCGCCCUGCGCUCGGCACCCUCCCCUCCCCUCCUGGGAGCCUGUCUGUGCAGGUGUGCACACUCUCUGCACGCCCUCCUGUGCCCCCAAGGCGCUGGGAGUGGGCGUGUCCCUGGGCCGCCUCUUCCACCGACCACCCUCUUGGCCUGCAGGGAUCGCCCCAGGGGGAGUCGGGGGCUCUGUCUGUCCCAUGGGCGUCUCCAGGGAGUCUCCAGGUUGCUUUUGAGGUGUUUGACCUCUGCCCCUCCGCCCUCCUGCCCCUCCUGCCCCUCCCUGGCAGCUGCUUCCUGGAGUGCCAAGGCGCUUGGGCACCCAGACCGUGCUGUCUGCUGUUAGGUCCCUGGGGCCACAGGGCUCGGCAAGGAGAAGGGGGUGUGUGGGCUGGUCAGGAGGCCGGGGGCCAGGAGUGGCCGAUUGGCAGAGUUUAUCGCUCGUCCCCUCCAGUCCUGGCGUUGGGAGUCCAGGUGAGAGGUGUGGACAGGUGGAUCCUGGUGUGGGCAAGGGUCCGUGGCAUGGAGGACCCUUCUUCCAGGUGAUGGUUCAGAGGAGCCGUGUUGGGAGAGAGGAGGGAGUUUGGGACACCUGUCCCAGGUUUCAGGGGACAGGUGGAGAAGUGGGUUCUGGGGCGUUCAGUCUGAUGAGUGGGGUGUGGGGCCCUGAGAGGCCACCGGCCGGAGGAGACGCCAGGCACCCAAGCAGAGGACAGGGCCGCAGGUGUCCAGGGUGCAGACCCUGAGCCCUCGAGGGACCUGGGACACCCCUGGAGGUGGGAGCCCUCAGGACAGAGCCCCAGGAGGGCGGCAGGUGGGGCUGGGCUGGGACCCUUCCUGCCCCUGCGUGGGGGGUGGUGCUUGCUCUGUGGGGCCUCGGCGCUGCCCUGCCCCCGCCCCCACACCCCAGUCGAGGACGUCCACGUGGCCCGCCCGUGUGCUCGGCACCCUCCCCCGCUGCUCUGGCUGCCCUGCUGGCCUCUGCGCCGCAGCUUGCCUGCCUGGAGAGGCCCCGCCGGCUUCCUCCGCAGUUCCCCCUGGGGCCUGGGGGUGGCUCAGGCGUGCCCUCCAUCUCAGGCCGUGGACCCGGCAUGCCAGCGCUGGAGCGGCCGGGCAGGCCCCCACUCUGUGCCAGGAGGCCAAGCCUGUGGCCACGGUGCCUCUGCUUCCCGCCAGCCGGGCUCCUGGUCCGAGGACUGCGCUGGACACGUGCGGGUGGCCGUGCCUGUGCCGUCUGCCGCUGGGCCUCGCGUGUGCCCGCUGCAGGCCGGAGUGGUUGUAAAGGUCAUGGCCUUGGAGCCAGAGGGCGUGGUUACGAGCUUGGCCAGCUGCCAGCUGUAGAGAGGUUAGCUGUCGCCCCCCUUCAGAGCUGGGGGCGUGAAGAAGGGCUCAGAGCAGCCAGUGUCCCCCAGGCCGGCCCUGACGAAGUGCCCCAGACAGGUGCCGUCGGUGCCCCGGGAAUUUAUUGUUUCGGUUCUGGCAGGCAGCAGUUCACAGCCAAGGUGUGGGCAGGGCCGCGCCCCCUCCAAAGACUCCAGGGGAGGGUCCUCUUGCCGCUUUCAGCUGCUGGGGCUCCAGGUGUCGUCGGCUUGUAGAGGCGUCACUCACCUCUGCAUCGUGCCCCACGGCCUCUCCUGGUGUCUCUGUGUCCACGUUCUCCUCUUCUUAUGGGGACACCAGUCGUACUGGAUUAAGGGCCCCCCACGCCAGUGUGACCUCACCUUAACUAGCUGCAUCUGUAGUGACCCGACUGGCAAAUAGGGUUACGUUCUGAGGCACUGGGGGUGAGGACUUUAACAUCAUUUGUGGAGGUCACAGUUCAGCCUGUGAGAGUCUACUCUCUGGCCCCCCAAAUUCACGUUUUUCUCAUAUGCAAGUUACAUUUAGCCACGUCCAGCGUCCCCAGAUUUUAACCAUUCUGGCACCAGCUCAAAGUCCCAGAUCUCUAAGUCAGGUCAGGGUGAGAGCUGGGGCACGAUUCUCCUUCAGCUGUAAACCUAUGAAUAAAUCUUUCUCUGCUUCCGAAGUCCAGUGGUGGGACAGGUGUUGGGCAGACACCUGCCCUCCAAAAGGGAGAUACUGGAAGGAAGGGAGGGUUCCCAGGCCCUAAGCAAGUCUGAAUUCCACUGGAGGAAAUUCCACUCCAUCUGGCUGGGUGCCAGUCUUCUCUGCCCUCGGGGGCAGCCCCACCCUGCCAGGCCAGGCCUCUGCAGCAGGGCCCUGCCCUCGGAGUCAUGCUCUCCCUCUGGCCGUCCCUCCCUUUCCACCCAGGCUGGCAUCGUUUCCACUGCUAUUAAAUUCUCAGGAGCCUUGCUGGCCUCCGUGCAGUUCUCGGCGUCCAGUCCGUGGGCCUGGGGGCUCUUACACCUCUACUGGCCCCUCUGUCCUGGCUCCUGGGCACUGCUGGUUGGUGCCACCUUGACACAGGUCACCUCUAGGGCCAUAGAGGCUCUGUCUGCAGAGCACACGGCAAGAUGUGCAAACCACCCAGUGCUCCUGGCUCCUUUUUGCUCACCACGUCCUCCCUCGGUUUUCCCUCUCAAUUCACUACAAGCGGUGAGGAGAAGGCAGGCUGCACCUUCCAUACUUUGCUUGGAAAUCUCAGCCUAACGUCCAGGUUCCUCCCUCGCGAGUUCUGCUUUCCACCCAGCAGAGCACGUUUCUGCCGCCGCGUGACGGGUCGCCUUUCCUCCCAUCUCCGGUGAUGUGUUCCUUGCUUUGGCAGGCCUCACUGGAAUGGCCUUUCCUGUCUGUGUUUCUACCAGUAGCCUCUCCAGGGCAACCCAGGAUUUUAUGAGCCUGCAGCUCAAAACUUUCCCAGCCCUCCCCAUCCCCCAACACCACAGCCACGUCCACGUGUUCUAAAAAGGUAUUUGCUACAGCAGCACCUUCUCCUCCGGCGGAAGUCUGUAUCGCUGUCCUGUGGUGGCUGUAACAAAGUACCGCACACCAGGUGCUAAAACAGGAACUUCUCUCGGCUCUGGAGGCCGGGGUGUGAGAUGGAGGUGAGGGCCUUCUGGAGGCUGCGGGCGAGUCCUCCCUGCCUCUUCCGGCCUCCAGGGGCGCCUGUGUCGCUCCAGCCUCGCACGCCGUCUGCCCUCCCGCGAGGACACUUACCAAGUUAGAUUAGGGUUCGCGGUACUCCAGCACGACCUCUUCUUCCCUAACGACAUCUGCAAAGGCCUAGUGUCCAAGUCAGGCCACUUUCUGGGGUCCUGGGGCCAGGACGUGGACGUUUCUCUCAGAGGUGCAGGGGCCCUCGCUGUUAGGGGGUGCCGGGGGAGGGGGAGGGGACUGGAGUCCCGCCGUGUGCUGGUCCCGUCGCUGCCCGCCAGGGUGGGGGCAGGUCAGGGAGCCCUUCCUCACCCGGUCCCAGGUAGCAAAGCCUUGUCCAGCUGGACCCGCUGGGCGGCCCAUGCUGACCCCAGCCCUCCC